AUGCUCAGCGCGCUGAUUCCCGAAUCCAAGCUCCCCGCCACCAUCAGCCAACUCCGAGCCGAGGCCUCGGAAGGCCCCAGGGUUACCUUUUGGGCGACCACAGCACCGCAGGCCAUUCGCCGAUUUGCUGCAAAUGGCGCAGAGGCGGCGCCUUCCGUGGGAGAGCGGCGGCUUGGCGAGGAGCAGCAGGUGGGGGGCCAGUUGACCAAGGUUAUUCGCAUUGGCCGCAAGCGCUUCCUGACCCAAGUCUGGGGCGGCGGCACCCUGUGUGAUAUCACCGGCAAGCCGCGUCAGGUCGAGGUCCAGUUCCACUGCGACCCGAACGGCCCUGAGCGCAUCUCGCUCGCGGACGAAGUCGCUGUCUGCCGGCUUGCGCGUGCGCCGCGGGAGAGCCGUGAGAUCCUGCACAGCAUGCUGGCGCUGAUGUAUGGCGACAGCGACCUUCGCGUCAAGUUCGCCGACCCAAACGAGCCAUCUGGACCAAGCGAGCCAUCUGAACCAAGCGAGCCGGCAGUGGACAAGGGUGGACAGACACUAAAGCAAAUGAAGAAGAAGGCAGCUGCGGGCGUGACCGUAUCUGUUGUGGAUAAGGAAGAUGCGGCGGACAAUUUGGAAUCCAACGACAAGGAUGAGCAGCCACGUGCCCAUGAUGAGUUGUAA